AUGGUUGGUAUGUACCGCGGAAAGCUUUUGAAAAUACCUUGUUAUAAGCUCAUGUUUUACAACGGAUUUGUCGAUAUUGGAGACCUGAUACUAUGCUCGUAUAUCACUCCAUAUUUUCAUUUUACUGUUGCGGUCUUUUGCUCUUCUAAAAGUUUGGAUUGGAUUUCUGGACAUCUUGUCUACAGCUUGUGGAUGGGAGCAUCGUUCAAUUGUAUGAUACUUGCAUUUGACAGAUUUGUUGAAAUGGUACCAGCAGCUAAUGUUUUGAAGUUUCUUUUCCGAGGAAAACUCUUGUAUAUGUGGAUGACUCUGUCUUUACUCUAUAUGCUUGUUGUGUGGUUUGUGCUAAGACCUAUUCCUUUCAACACAGUUGUUUCCGCAUUCAUCGGAACUCCCCUGAUUGCUAAUUACGAAACUGAAUACUAUCAUUAUACCUCCUUUUACUUGGUAAUUCACAACUCAACUGUAGUUAUAAUGUUGGUGACGCUUUACUCUGUCCUCUAUUAUUAUGUGAGAAAUGCCUUACGUAGAGGCGGAAAUAUCGACGAUAUGCCGGUUUUUGUCCAAGUGUUCUUUGUAUGUACAUCUACAGGAGCCACUGCGAUUCUUUACGUAUUAUUGGAAUUAUUGGCUGUUCCAAGAAGUGUCGUCAUCGCAGCGCACGUAGUCUGGCAGCUCAGUCAUGGUGUUCAUGGUAUCGUCUACUUACGCUUUAACAAGCACAUACGCCAAGCAGUGUUUGCCUUAUUUGUCAAAGGUGUUAAUAACGAUCACUCUACGAAUGCAAUCUUCACGUCGAAAACGAAGAAAUAG